CCUGCGGCUGCGCGGUGCAGUGGCGGCGCGGCCCCUUUAAGAGGUUUACCUGGCGGCCACACCUGGUGCUGGGAUCCGGCGGGGACUCACCUGGAAGCGGCCCGGGAGAGGGAGGCGAGACCGCGCCGGGAGCUCCAGUGACCAUGGUGCAGACUGACUUGAUUUAACUUUGCAAGCUGAUGAACGGCUGGCUUUGAGAACUGAACAAUUGACAGUUGUGCUGAAGCUCCACUAACUUGGAACAAUGAAGAGAUUCCGAAGACAUGGACAUGAACUACACCGAGAGCGCAUUAAACAGGACCUGUUCCAGUUUAACAAGGUCAGUCGGCUCCUCCUCCUCUUCCUGAAUGAAGUCAGAUUGCUGGGCCCAGUUCUGUUGAUUCUGACUGUUUGCUGCUACGGAGCACCGGAGGUGGAGGUCAUGGGCUUGCAUGAGGAGAAUGCAGCUGUUACCCAGAUUCAUUUCCUACCAGAACAGGGUCAGCUGGUGACGCUCUUGGAUGAUAACAGUCUGCAUUUAUGGAAGCUGAGGAAAAGCCCAGAUGGACUGAGUGUCCUAAAGGAGGAAUCUCGCUUCGAUCUACGAGGGCAGCCCGGUGCUCCGCCAAGUGUCACUACCAUAACAGUGGUGCUCCCUCAUUCGCCUGGUGAUGUGUUGUUUCUGGGGACAGAAGGCGGCUGUGUGUUUGUGGUGGAACAGCCGUCCUUCAGCGAGCAGGAAGAGAGAACCAUCAGUCAGGAAGCUGUUCUACAGAAAGUGCCUGAUGAUUAUAGGAGUCGACGCUCACUGGGAUCUGUGGAGGCCUUGCAGGAGAAUCCAAGAAACCCCCAUCAGAUUCUGAUUGGAUAUAGCAGAGGCCUUGUCAUAUUGUGGGAUUUACAGACUAGCCAAGCAACACACCACUUUCUGGGAGAUCUGCAAUUGGAGAGUGUGACCUGGCAGAGGGAUGGGCGACAGAUCAUCAGCUCCCACAGUGAUGGCAGUUACUGUCAAUGGCCUAUAUCAAACGAUGACCGAUUACCACAGCCUCUAGAAAACAAAGUGCCUUAUGGUCCCUUCCCUUGCAAAGCAAUUCCAAAGAUUCUUUGGCUCACAACCAAGCAAAGAACUCCGUUCAUUAUCUUCAAAGGAGGGAUGCCUCGGGCCAGCUAUGGCGACCGGCAUUGUAUCUCUGUCCUACACGGCUCCAAGCAGAUUGCAUUUGACUUCACCUCCCGGGUCAUUGACUUCUUUGUUGUUGAUGAGGGUGAAUCCGAAUCAGAUUGCGAUGAGCCAAGUGCACUGCUGGUUCUAGCAGAGGAAGAGCUGGUAGCCAUCGAUUUGAAGACCCCUUCAUGGCCAGUGAUUCAGUCGCCAUAUCUGAUACCUCUCCAUUGCUCAGCCAUCACCUGCUCCCACCAUGUCUCCAACAUUCCCAUUAAACUCUGGGAGAGAAUAAUUGCUGCUGGUAACAAGCAGACCACUCACUACUCCACCAAGCCGUGGCCUAUCGAUGGAGGGUACAGCACUGCCCCUGAGCCCCCACAAAGAGACCUGCUCCUCACUGGGCACGAAGAUGGGACAGUCCGUUUCUGGGAUGCUUCUGGAGUGUGCUUGAAGCCUCUUUACAAACUCAGCACAGUCAGUGUGUUUGUCACAGAUGCAGAUCACAACGACAACCUGAAUCAGUCCGGGGAGGAUGAGUGGCCGCCCCUGCGGAAGGUGGGCUCUUUUGAUCCGUAUAGUGAUGACCCCAGGCUGGGAAUCCAGAAGAUCCACUUGUGCAAGUACAGCAGUCAUUUGACGGUGGCUGGCACUGCAGGACAGGUUUUGGUGUUGGAGCUGAAUGAUGACGCUGCUGACCAGGAGGUGGCCUGUACGCUUGUUGACAUCUUGCAGGAUCAGGACACAUUUAAGUGGAAAGGCCACGAGCGUCUGAAUCCGCGUGAGGAGCCCGUCCAUUUCCCCGCAGGCUUCCAGCCCUUUGUCCUGGUGCAGUGUCAACCCCCAGCUGUCGUCACAUCACUUGCCGUGCAUUCGGAAUGGAAACUGGUGACUUUUGGCACAAGUCACGGCUUUGGGCUCUAUGACUACCAGCAAAAACGCACUGUCGUGGUGAGGUGUACACUGCACCCCAGUGACCAGCUGGCCCUCGAAGGGCCCCUCUCGAGAGUAAAGUCAAUUAAGAAAUCAUUGCGACAUUCAUUCCGUCGGAUUCGGGGGACCAGGGCGUCUGGGAGGAAGCGAACAGUACCUGGAAACAAUACUGCUAAGGUGCAGGAGGCCAAUGCCAGAAUGGAUCGGGAAGCGUUGAAUGAAAUGGAGCUGGCACCAGUGCAGCGCAGGAUUGAGGCCCGUUCUGCCGAUGACUCCUUUACUGGAUUUGUUCGAUCACUUUAUUUUGCAGAUUCUUUUCUAAGAGACGGAUCCUAUCAUGGGCCGUCACUGUGGGCUGGUACCAAUGGUGGGACCAUAUUUGCAUACACUAUUCACAUUCCGCCUGUGGAGAGGAGGAUGGAGGAGCCAGUCACUGCAGCUCAGGCAAAGGAAAUCCAAUUAAUGCACAGAGCCCCUGUGGUUGGUAUCUUUAUAUUGGAUGGUCGAGGAAUUCUCCUCCCUGAACCACUAGAAGCAGCACAUGACCUUUCCAAGAGCCCGGACAUGCAUGGGAACCACAUGCUGCUGGUCAUAUCUGAGGAGCAGUUCAAGAUAUUCACACUACCAAAAGUCAGCACGAAAACUAAAUUGAAGCUGACGGCACUGGAAGGGUCCCGGGUGCGGAAAGUGUCAGUGGCCAGUUUCAGCAGUAGUCGAGUGGAGGAUUACAGUGAGAAUGGGCUUCUGGUGCUGACAAACCUCGGUGAUAUUCAAGUCGUUUCUCUCCCUGUGCUUCGAACUCAAGUUCGGUACGAAUGCAUCAGGAAAGAGGACGUCAGUGGAAUUGCAUCUUGCGUCUUCACAAAGUCUGGGCAAGGUUUUUACCUCAUUUCUCCCUCGGAGUUUGAGAGGUUCUCAGUUUCAUCGAAGUGGGUAGUGGAACCGCGAUGCGUCAUUGACAUUGAUGAGGGAGUUGGAAUUAGGACUUCCCAACGGAGAGCAGUGCAAGAUGGAGCUGUCAUAAAAGCCAAUUCCAUGGAAGUGGAGCAUUCGCAGCAGAUGCCUGGAUUGAGCAGGAGUGAGGAUGAUGGAAGGAAAGCGGUGGAGAUCAUGGAACAUGCACUGCUUAAUGAUGAGAGAGUUUUACUGGAGAUUCAGAGCACACUCGAGUCUGAAUCGGCUGUAACUGACAGAUUGAGUUUUGGGCACCUGGAUAGGAACUCGAAGAAUGUGGCUGGGGUACAGCCUCAGAGGCAAAGGAUGAUUAAUGGAGAUUGACGGUGACGGAUGCUGAUGGGAGCACUCCAAUGUGCUUUGUGCCAUAACACUACAUGUUCUACUGUUGGAGGAGGGGUGCCCACUGGGAGAAGGCAGCUCCAUGAGACAGAUGGUGACUUGGGAAGAUGCCAGCUUGUUUAGUGCCUAACUCAACUGUUGUCCUGCUUCAGCCCUUCCAUGGAAUAUUUUCCUCAUUUCUUUUUUCUGUUUCUUUGCACAGUCACUGAAUGUGAUGAACUUUAAUUAAAUAAAUGCCUGGGUGCAAAUAGUUUUAAUAGGGGAACUUUAUACCACUGUCCCAUUUUUAUAUGGUUUUAGAUAUUUCUAAGGGAGUUCUCAAACUUUGAAUGGAAGUGAAAAUGUAGAAAUAAUUUUUAAAUUACAGAACAUUUAGUGAUAUUUAAUAUAUAUGUAUAAUUUAGUUCCUGGUGGCUGCUGUAAUUGUUUUACCUAGUAUAGUACACAUUGAGGAAAUAUUUUCAUACUUUCAAAUGGUUUUAGUCAGUAAAGGUACUCCUCCUGGAGUCUAUUUUUGUAGCCAAUCAUGUCAGUAGGAACCUAAUGAAACGCCACUGUAAACACUACUCUACUGACCAAUAAAUUAAACCAUUUUCACAUGA